AUGACUACCCCUGCGCAGGUCGACAGGCAGCAGAGGCUUGUCAAGGCCAUCGGCCAAAUCACCAACAAGCCCGCACCCCCCGAGAUUGAUUUCACCAUUCACACCACUGAUGAUGGAGCCCAGGUCAGUACGCAGGAGCGUGUCAUCAAAGAUGUGCAGGCACCUGCAUUCCAGAAGCCCACCGAUGAACAGUUCUUCAGCGCCAAAGACCCCUCCAAACCAGACAUUGCCUUCCUCAAGAAUCAUUUCUACCGUGAGGGUCGUCUGACCGAUGAUCAGGCUCGCUUCAUUCUCACAAGAGCCACCGAGAUUUUACGUCAGGAACCCAAUCUGCUCGAAGUCGAUGCACCCAUCACCGUUUGCGGUGAUAUUCACGGACAGUAUUAUGACCUCAUGAAGCUCUUUGAAGUGGGUGGCAACCCCGCCGAUACCCGUUAUCUCUUCUUGGGAGACUACGUCGACCGCGGCUACUUUUCGAUCGAGUGCGUCCUCUACCUCUGGGCUUUGAAGAUCUGGUAUCCGGAUACGCUCUUCCUCCUUCGUGGCAAUCACGAAUGUCGCCAUCUGACCGACUACUUCACCUUCAAGCUCGAGUGCAAGCACAAGUAUUCCGAGGAAAUUUACGACCUUUGCAUGGAGUCGUUUUGUACACUGCCGCUUGCCGCUGUCAUGAACAAGCAGUUCCUCUGUAUCCACGGCGGUCUCUCUCCCGAGCUCCAGACCCUCGACGAUCUUCGCAGCAUCGACCGCUUCCGCGAGCCGCCUACACAUGGUCUCAUGUGCGACAUUCUCUGGGCUGAUCCACUCGAGGACUUUGGCUCUGAGAAGACCAACGAGAGCUUCAUCCACAACCACGUCCGAGGUUGCUCUUACUUCUUCACCUACAACGCUGCCUGUCAAUUCCUCGAGCGCAAUCAGCUACUGUCCAUCAUCCGAGCGCACGAAGCCCAAGACGCCGGAUAUCGCAUGUACCGCAAAACAAAGACCACAGGCUUUCCCUCGGUCAUGACAAUCUUCUCAGCACCCAACUACCUCGACGUCUACAACAACAAGGCCGCCGUCCUCAAGUACGAAAACAACGUCAUGAACAUUCGCCAAUUCAACUGCACCCCACAUCCUUACUGGCUACCCAACUUCAUGGACGUCUUCACAUGGAGUUUGCCAUUCGUCGGUGAAAAGAUCACCGACAUGCUCAUUGCCAUUCUCAACGUCUGCAGCAAAGAGGAGCUCGAGGAGGAGGAAGAGGAGGACGAGAUCCCCACCACACCCACUUCUGCAGCUGAAGAAGAGACCGCCGAGCGCAGAACGCUCAUCAAGAACAAGAUCCUCGCUGUGGGCCGUAUGUCUCGUGUCUUUGCCCUGUUGCGUGAGGAGGCCGAACGCGUAUCAGAGCUCAAGUCAUCCCAGACCGCCAAGCUGCCGUACGGCUCGUUGGUGCUCAGCUCCGAGGCUGCCAAGGACGCCAUUGCCAAUUUCGACGAUGCUCGAAAGGUAGACAUUGAGAACGAGCGUCUGCCCCCCGACUUGAUCGACGCCGACGAGGCUGGACCUGCUUCACCUGCCGAAGGAGCACGUGUCUCGUCGCCCGCUUUCGAAGACAUGGCUUCCCCGGGCAGCCCGGCAUCGCCUGCCACGCCAAGCUCGCCCAUUGCUGGUGGUCACCGCCGUGGACACUCGAGGACAAGCAGUCUGGGAACGACCAUGUCGAGUCCCUCAAACCGUCGCCGUUCGCUGGAGUCAACCGUAAGCAUGAUUCGUGAGGCGCUCGAAGGUACGGAUGCAGCAGAUGACAAGCACCUCGAGAAGCUUGCCAAUGACAUCACCUCGCCGGUCUCGCCAAAGGGUACCGAUCCUCCAGCGCAAGCCCGCUUCGCCAACAAGUGA